AUGGAGAGCGGCUCGGAAGACGAAGACAACGUCCUGUCGCUGCGGGAGGAGCUGCGCGCGAAGACGCAUGCGCUCAAGCAGGUCCAAGACGAGUUUGACGAGUACACACAGUCGAGCCACGAGCUGGAGCAGGAGCUCGAGCAAGAGCUCUCUCGCGUGGAAAAGCGCAAUGUCUAUCUGAUGAACAAGAGCCAGUACUUUGAGCGUGACCUGCAGGCCGCGCGCACGAAGCUGGACGAGGCGCUGGACCAGACGCGCAAGCUCGAGGAUGAGCUCCAGACCACGCGCGCUGAGCUCAAGAAGGCCGUGGGAGCUCGAUGCAAGCUCGAGCAGCAUCAAGAUGAGCUGGAGACGCAGGUGCGCGUGCUGCAAGCCACGGAGAGUGAUCUGAGGCACAAGAUGGAGCGAGAGAUUGAGGAGAAGGUGUUUCUGCUUAGUGAUCAAGACGAGCUACAGCGCGAACACGAAAUGGCUGCAGAGCGUUUUCGCACGGAGAUCAUGGACCUCAAGUCGGAGUUGUAUGCCUUUCAGCAAAAGUACGAGGACGUGACGAUGACGUUGGAGACCCGCGGAUCGGUCUCAGGCAAUGAUAGCAUGGCCACGACCCACAGCCAGUCGGAAGAUGGUGACGACGGCUAUGAUUUGAGCUACAGUGACAGCAUGCAGUGCGGUUCGACUGUGCAAGAGCGUGACGAACUUAGUCGUGAACUGCUGAUCGAGUCGCUGAAAGAGGAGAUUGAGGCCCUGAGUUCCAGCUUGCAGGAUGAGACAGAUGCCCGCGCUGCAGCAGAAACUGAGGUGCAGCAACUUCGCGAAAGCCUCGCGCACAUGGAAGCUAUGGAGGCAGAAAUGACGGACAUGACUGACGAACUGAUUGGGAAAUCUCAAGAAGUGCGUGCUCGCGACGAGCAAAUUGAAGAAAUGCGCGAGUCUCUGCUAAAGCUUCAGUCUGAGAUGGCAACGCUUAAUGAUGGCGGCAUCGAGUUUACGAACGAGCGGGAGAACUUGCAGAAUGAAUUGAAAAGCAAGGACAGAGACAUAAGCAACCUAACUGAAGAGCUAGAAACGAUCAAGUCACAAUGCGAUGAUCUUGCCGAGAACGAGCGCCAACUCAACAUCCGUCUCGUGCACGAAAGCGAAGCUGUGGAUGAGUUGAAGGAACAGAUGGAGAUUUUGGCGAAAAGUCUAGAAGAAGUCAAGCAAGAGCGCAGGGAGCUCGAGAGCAAGCUACAGAAUGGCAAGGGUGAGAUAUCGCAGAAUCGCAAGGAGGUGGAAGAUCUGAGUAGCACGAAUGUAGAGCUUCAACAACAGCUUGAUGAGUCAAACAAGAGGAUAUUCGAGCUGCAACAAGCCUCUGCUGUACUGACGGCUUCGGCCGUGCCGCCGGCUGCAGAUAUGUCUGAAUCGAAACGGUUGAGGAUGGAAAUACAAACAAUGCGGGCGUCCAUGAACUCUUUGUCAGCGGAAAAUGCGCGACUGAGAAGUCAAGAAGGGAUGUCUACCAGCGUCGCACCUGCAAAGCGUGUGUCAGCUGACGUUUUGCAAGUGAAUUAUACGCCAGAGCAGCUUGCUCGAAAGUACAUAGCGGAACGGACGCGGAACGCUUCGCUGCUUUCGCGUCUGCAGACUGUGUGCGGUAACAUUCAGGUGUUUUGUCGUGUCCGGCCGAUCAUCAAUGAAGAGCUGGAGAAGGCGUGGGGUUCCAAGUUGGCAGUCAACGUGGUGAACCAGUCCGAUUUGGCUGCUAUGGAUGUUCGGUAUGACCGUUUGUCGCCAAGUGAGCCCAAUGGAAAAGUGGUCAGCAGUGUCGACAUGGAGGCGCUAGCAAAUAAUAGUUCGUGGAAGGUGUUUACGUUUGAUCGAAUCUUAGGUCCCGACGAGACGCAGAAUGAUGUUUUUCGUGAAGUGGAGCCGAUCGCGCAGUCCGUUGUGGAUGGGUUCAAGGCGUGUAUUUUCGCGUACGGACAAACCGGUUCGGGAAAGACGUAUACAAUGGAAGGUACACCCAGUGAUCCCGGUCUGAACUACAAGAUCAUUAGUCACCUAUUUCAGUCGAUUCAGCUGCGGGGAGCGAUAUACAGCUGCGAACGUGACGACAAGGGGCCUGAAGACGACGAAAUGAACGGACUGGAAACCGCAACCAAAACAUCUGUGUAUCACGUGCAAGUGGGUGUGCUGGAAAUUUACAACGAUUCGGUACGCGACCUAUUCAAUACGUCCAAUAAAGCACUGGACAUUCGUCACGAUUCUGCGACUGGCGACAUUUGCGUUCCCGAUCUGACAAUGACAUCAGUAUCGUCUCCUCAGCAGACGAUUGACGUGUUGCGGACUGCGCAGUCAAAUCGUGUGACUGGUAAAACUAAUUCCAACAUGCACAGUAGUCGAUCACAUAGUAUUGUGAUCGUGCAAAUCUCGAAACGCCGACCGGAAAGAAACGAUGCUGAUAAAGACCCAGCCGACUUCGACGCCGACGAAGAAGGGUGUGGUAAGCUGUACCUUGUGGAUCUGGCUGGCUCGGAGAGAGUAAAGAAGAGCAAUGUAAGCGGAGACAUGCUUCGGGAGGCCGCUCAUAUCAACAAGUCCCUGUCAGCCUUAGCUGAUGUGAUGGAGGCUCUGGACAAGAAGAUGUCUCACGUUCCAUACCGCAACUCGAAACUCACGUAUUUGCUCCAGGACGUUCUCAACUCGUCGUGCAAAACAGUGAUGAUCGUUAAUGUUGGUCCGACCAUCGAGAAUGCUAGCGAGACGUUCCGAUCGCUGCAGUUGGCGGAACGCGUGCGCAAUAUUGUGGUGGGUAGGAACCAAAUUGUGAAGAACAAGAAGGACAUUUUGUCGGCCAAGAAAGCGUUUGCUGAGCUUCAGUCGUUGAAGCAGCAGAUGCAAAUUUCCAAGCGAAAGUACAUGCAGUCACAGCAAUCUGUGGUCGCUCUGAAACGAGACCAGAAGAACCAGUCGGAAAAGCAGUCGGCAACGCUGCAAAGCCGGCUUAGGGCGUGGGAGACGCAAAACGAAAGCCUGAAGUCUCAAAAUGAAUCGCUGAAACGGCUCGUCGACGAUCUGAGUGACCAGCUGAAGGCUGAGCGGGAGACUAAACAGAAGGAAGCGGAACAAUGCGAAGCUGCUCAACGCUUACUCCGACAGCAGAAUGCUAAGGCUCGUGUGUCUUCGUCGCAGCAAGAGAUGCAGCAGAAGCUGGUGCAAGAACGCGAAGAAGAGAUAAAAAAACUGCGGCAAUUGUUGACGGAAGCCAGGCGACGAAGCACUUCCUCUCUUAUUCCACGGCUGCCGCUAUCAUCGCCACCCAUGAAGAAGUCGAAGAGCGCUCGCCCAACAAGCUUACCUUGCACUGAGCAAGAAGAUGAUGGUACCAGUGCAACUCGAGGGCCAAGCACGCAAGCGCCUGGUGCCAAUCGCACCACAAAGCUGCAUGUGACUACUCGUGGGUUAGCGGGAUCGCGUUCGCAGCCUGGCGUCCCGUCAAGUAAUGGGACCGGGAGACGUCAGAGCCCACAAGUGAGCAAGAGUCCAGCACCAGCGUCAGCGCGGACAACAUCUACGUCAAAGCAGGGUACUUGGAAAUGA